AUUUUUGAGAGAGAGAGACAGAGUGUGAACUGAGAAGGGGCAGAGGGAGAGAGAGGGAGACAAAGAAUCUGAAGCAGGCUCCAGGCUCUGAGCUGUCAGCACAGAGCCCGACGCGGGGCUGAAACGCACCAACUGUGAGAUCAUGACCCGAGCCGAAGUCCGGCACUUAACCAACCGACUGAGCCACCCACGUGCCCCAUAAAUGAGGAUUUUAAAAGAAAACGAAAUACGUCAUGUAUGAGCUGAAGAAGCAAAAUGACAAAAAAGGAAACUGUCCCUGAAAAAUGCCCAGAUAAUUGUUUGGGAUUUCCCCUGUUUUUACAAAGCCAUUUUCAUUGCAGGAUUGAGACUGGGCCUAAGGUAUGAAGCUCUGGGAGAAGAGGCCCGAUCAACUCAGGUUGCCUCCUAGGCCUGGGAUGGGUGAAGUUUUAUUUCUGUUCUCAAAAGCUGGUUGGGACAUGGAGAAACCCUGAGGCAUUAGGAAACCUGAAUUUAACUGGGCAGCUUCAGCUCACUGGCCCCCAUGUCUUUACUGUGCCCUGGGUCUUUCCAGGUCUUUAGCUUUCUCCGUGUUCAUGGUUGCAGAGGCUGGGCCAACACUUUCUCCCCAGUUGAAGGCCUGGAACCCCUCGCCAGGUUCCUAGGCUUUCGCCCUCAUUUUCCUGUCAGUUAGUCUUCUGAUCACCUGUGUCCAGAUACUUCGCUGGCCUCUUUGGACAUUUCUGUAGCAGCUGCUUUAGAACAGGCCUGCUUGGAGGCUUAUUUUUGGUGCUAAUUGUGCUGUGGAUCUCCAUUUCCUGAGAUAGGUCUUGCCAUUUCUAUUUCCUGCUGGGUGCCUUCCUUCAGAACAUUUGUCUCUGGGCUCAAGUUCAUUCUCUUUAGCCUCACUGCCAGAUUUCUGGUCACUGUGAGCAGCUUUCUAGUCCUUUCCUACUUGGGUUUCUUGCUCUUCUCCAGUCUAUUCUGCAGGUUUGUUGGGGAAAGUCUCUGUCCCUCUUCCUCUGACUUUCAGCUGCCUUCUGAGCAGUUGUUUCUGCUGCUGGGGCUCAGCACGGCUGGAGCCUGUCCCUCUUGCUCGGCUCAGCCUUCUUUUGUUGUUGCUGGUCUUCAGCUCUGUCUGUAGGCCUUCAGCCACUUACUUUAUCAUUUCCCUCCUUUUCCUUUGCUUUUGUUUUCUCCAGUACUUCUUCUUUUUCUCCACUGUUUUUCCACAUCAAAGCUUCACUUCUCUGCCAGAACUUCAGCUGACUCCUCAGCAUGCAUGAUCCCUAAUGUAGUUCUUGACUGGACUGACUCUUCAUGCCCUGAGAACAGGAGUGUAGUUUUUUUGUGUGCUAGCUGGAUGGCAGCCUGCUUUCUGGCAUGAGCUCUUUCCGUCUGUGGUUAGUCACUCUUUUUUUCUCUGUCCUGACAGCAUUGGCUGAGUCUGGGAGAUAGCGAAUAGGUAUUGGUUUAUAACCAAGUAGGGGAUGGCUUCGGAGUGAAGGGAGUGAUUUCUUUAAAUGUAUUUAAUGGUCGCAGGAGAUGGAGGAUGGUUUCAGGGGACGGUGAACAUCAUUUGUGACUUGGUGUACUCAGUUAUGGGACCCUUUACAAGAGGUACCGAGGCCUGCUUUCCAUAUAAUUUACAUACAUGUUCCAUAGUAGGAGUCCAAUUUUACUGUUUUUUGUAUGAACUACUAGUUUUCCAGCAUCAUGUGUUGAAAAGUCUGUUCUUUCCCCUUUCAGUGCUCUAGUGACCUUUCUGAAAAAUAAGUAAUAUUCGAUGUAUUGGUUAAUUUCUGGACUCUUAUGAUAAUCAUCUAUGUGUCUAUCCCUAUGCUAGCAUUUCAGCAUUCUGAUGACUGCUUCUUCGUAAUGUCAGUGUGCUUCCCAGGUGCCUGCCGUUUCCCAAGCUGGGAAGUCAGGAGACCAGGCAGCAGCAACUGUGCUUCGGAUGGUCAGGCCCCAGGGUUCUGCAGCGUACGAGUUCCUGUCUGUGGACUAUACCGAGAGGAAGUGGAAAGGUCCGGCACUCAGUCAGAGAGCCGUGUACCGGAGCCUCAUGCCGGAAAAUUAUCGCAGAGUGGCCUCAUUGGCAAAUGAGGCUAGGAUGGAGUGUCCAGAUUUGCCUGCAAAGCAGGAAGUUUCUAAAGGACUGGGGUCAUCUGAUGGGACAUCAGGAGGCCUCUGUGGGGUGGUUUCUGGGGAACCAGAGGCAGGAACUGCCUGUGAAGGUGCUUUAGAGAAGCUGGAAGGGCAACCCUCAGAUGAGGAAGGGAGCAGACUGGAAAGUGACUUCUUCAAACUAACACACAAGGAUAAAGGUGAAUCCACAAAAGAUGGAUGUGAUGAAUAUAAGGAUCCAAAUCUGUCCUGUAGUGCUACAGAACAUCAGAGAGUUCUCAAGGGACAGAAAUUUUACCAGUGUGAUGAAUGUGGUAAAGCUUUUAAUUGGAGUUCACAUCUCAUUGGGCACCAGAGAAUCCAUACUGGAGAGAAACCCUAUGAGUGUAAUGAGUGUGGGAAGACUUUCAGGCAGACCUCUCAGCUCAUAGUUCAUCUCAGAACCCAUACAGGGGAAAAACCCUAUGAGUGCAGUGAGUGUGGAAAGACUUACCGACACAGCUCCCAUCUUAUUCAACACCAGAGACUCCAUAAUGGUGAGAAGCCAUAUAAAUGCAAUGAUUGUGGAAAAGCUUUCAACGAGAGUUCCAAGCUCUUUGACCAUCAAAGAACCCAUACUGGAGAGAAACCUUAUGAAUGCACUGAGUGUGGGGCUGCCUUUAGUCGGAGUAAAAAUCUUGUUCGACAUCAGGUACUUCACACUGGUAAGAAACCUCACAAGUGUAGUGAAUGUGGGAAAGCUUUCUGUUCUAAUAGAAAUCUUACUGAUCAUCAGAGAAUCCAUACUGGCGAAAAGCCUUAUGAGUGUAAUGAAUGUGGCAAGGCCUUCAGUCGGAGUAAAUGUCUUAUUCGACAUCAGAGUCUCCACAGUGGGGAAAAACCGUACAAAUGCAGUGAAUGUGGGAAAGCCUUUAGUCAGAUCUCUCAACUUGUUGACCAUGAGCGAAUUCAUACUGGAGAAAAACCUUUUGAAUGUAAUGAAUGUGGUAAGGCAUUCAGUCUCAGUAAAUGUCUUAUUCGACAUCAGAGACUCCACACAGGUGAAAAGCCCUAUAAAUGCAACGAGUGUGGAAAAUCCUUCAAUCAGAACUCAUACCUCAUUAUACACCAGAGAAUUCACACUGGUGAGAAGCCUUAUGAAUGUAAUGAGUGUGGAAAGGUCUUUAGUCAUAAUUCUAGCCUUAUGGUUCAUCAAAGAACCCAUACUGGGGAGAAACCCUAUAAAUGCAAUGAUUGUGGGAAAGCUUUUAGUGACAGCUCACAGCUCACUGUGCAUCAGAGAGUUCACACUGGAGAGAAGCCCUACGAGUGUAUUGAGUGUGGGAAAGCCUUUAGUCAGCGUUCCACUUUCAAUCACCACCAGCGAACUCACACUGGAGAGAAGCACUCAGUUCUGGCUCGCUCAGUUAGUUAAGACAUUCUCCAAAACAAAGCCAGAAACGAGUUAAAUUCAUUGUUUUUGUAAGAAAGAUGCUCACCCUGAUCUCUUGGUAUCACUGAUGAACAGCCAUUCCCUACAUUCUGCUGGGUCAUAAAGUUGGGAGAGUCACAGUGCCAUCAUUCCCCACUAUCAGGGAAGUAAGAACGACAGAUUUCAGGUAGUUGUAGGUUUCCUUCCUUCUCUCUCUCCAAAAAUAUAGCUCUGGUUUUUGAAUCCCAUAGUCAGAUUGUGUGCUUGUCAAAGACAGUGAUUACAUACUUCUUUUCUAUUGCAGCUAAUUCAUUUCACAUUUACAUAAAGUUACUCUCCAGUGCUCUGAUACUUACCUAUCUUGGGCAUGGCCUUUUCAAAAGUUCUAUUGUGAUCUAGAUCCUCAUCACUUGCAUUCCCUACCUAGAAAAGCUCUUUUUAUUUGUUAAUGUUGGCCUCUCAGACCCUUUAAGAUCCAGCUCAUCUCAGAAAGACUUUCUUCUUGAAAUGCUUUUCCUUCCUCCUAAACUUCUGUUGAUUUGACCUCAUGCUUCAACUUACUUUGUGCUGUAAUUUGCAAUUGUUAUUAAAUUGUCUUGACAACUAUUCUCAAUGCAUAUGUGUAUAGUUUCAUACCAAUUUAAUGUAGGCUGUUUGGGGUCGGGUAUGAGAUCUUUGUCUUUUAGCACAUAGACAAUUCUCAUAUACUAGUUGUUUAAUAAAUAAGUUUUAAAAAUUCA